AUGGCCGGAUCCCGCCUAUUCAAACCCAUGAAGAUCGGCAAUAUCGAAAUCAAGCAUCGUAUUGUGAUGCCUGGUGUUAGCCGGAUGCGGACCACCGACGAUCAUGUGCCGACGGACAUGAUGCUGGAAUACUAUUCCCAAAGAGCUGCUGUGCCCGGUACCCUCAUCAUCACAGAGGCCAACCUCCUGUCUCCUGAGCAUAGCGACGAGAUACACCACAAAGGCAGCUUCAUGUUUCUCCAAGUUAUGGGCAUGGGCCGCAUGGCUGAUCCUUCCGAAGCUAAGAAGGAGGGUUUUACUAUCGUUGGAGCCAGUGCCAUUCCAUGGAUGGAAGGCGCUGCUGUCCCCAAGGCCAUGACCGUCGAAGACAUCAAGCGAACAGUCCACCAGUUCGGUCAAGCGGCGAAGAACGCCGUCGAAGCAGGAUUUGAUGGCAUCGAGCUGCUAGCCGGCAACGCAAUGCUCGUCGAACAGUUCCUCCAGGAUGUCACAAACCACCGGGAUGAUGAAUAUGGCGGCAGCAUCGAAAACAGAUCUCGGUUCGCGGUCGAGGUCCUCCAAGCCAUGGUGGACGCUGUCGGCUCUGAACGAGUCUCCAUCCGCCUCAGCCCCUGGAGCAAGUACCUCAACAUGGGCAUAGAAGACCCGAUCCUGCAAUACUCUGACUUGGUCAGAAAAGCUAACCAACUGGACCUCGCCUACCUGCAUGUGAUCGAGUCGCGCAUUGAAGGGGGUGACGACGUCGUCAGCUCGGACAAACUCGACUUUGCCUAUCGGCUGUGGAACGGCUUCGUGCUUGUCGCCGGUGGAUACAGUGGUGAUUUGGCGCGCAAGCUGGUGGACAAAGAGUACCCAGACCGGGAUUUUGCCGUCUGCUUUGGACGCCAUUUCAUUGCGAAUCCGGACUUGGUGUUCAGGAUCAAGGAAAAUUUACCCUUGAAUGCGUAUGAUAGGAAUUACUUCUACACGCUCAAGGAUCUGAAGGGGUAUAUUGAUUAUCCCUUCAGUGAGGGGUACUUGGCAACAGUAAAGGCAUAA